AUGGUGGAACGCAAUAAACCCAUCAACCUGGGUGUUUCUGUACCAGACUUUGAUGCCUAUCCCCAAACAAUAAUUGAAGCGAUGCGUGAUAUUGUACUUGAUGAAAAUACAACCAUGCAUCAAAUGACAAAGAUCACGGGUCACCCACGAUUAGUUAAUGUACUAGCUAAACUGUACUCACAAUUACUAAACAAUAAAGUGACCGGGGACAACAUCCUGAUCACAUGCGGGGCGUUUGAAGCGCUGUAUUGCGCUAUACAUAGCAUAAUUAACCAUGGUGAUGAGGCCAUUAUCAUAGACCCGGCGUACGACGAGUUCGAGGUACUGGUGAAGGGCGCGGGCGGAGUACCGGUGCACACGUGCCUCAAACGCACUGGCGAUGGCACCGAUUGGCAAUUGGAUCUAGAUGAUCUCGAGGCCAAAAUCACCGACAGGACCCGCCUAUUGACGAGAUUAGAGUUGGAAGCAAUCGGACAGUUGUGUCUCAAACACAAUUUUAUUGCCGUAUCGGACGAAGUGUUUGAAUGGCUUACCUAUGAUGGCCGCACUCAUCACCGCAUAGCCUCGCUGCCGGGAAUGUACGACCGGUGCGUAACCAUCGGCAGUUUGGGCAAAGCGUGUCACGUGACAGGUUGGCGGUGCGGUUGGGCCAUAGCUGGCAACCCAGUGGUACGUAUGGGACUGGUUAUGGCGCACAUGUCGUGCGCCAACUCUAUGCCCACAAUCAUUCAAGAGGCCGCCGCCCGUUUCUUCGAGCUCGAGCUGCCCCGACUCGGCACCGGCCACAGCCCGUCCCCGACCGACAACUAUUGGUCACAAGUGACACAAAUGUUGGACAAAAAGCGACACACAAUGUAUGGCAUGCUAUUGGCGGCGGGUUUGACUCCGAUGCUACCUGAGGGGGGUUUUACCAUGUUGGCCGAUUGCACCAAGCUCAUCGAUCGGCUCGAUUUGACCGAAUACGCCGAUCCUAAGGGCAAAACCGUAGCGUUUGUCCGCUGGCUGUCGGCG